ACAUCAUCCCCUGUGAAACCCAAGUCAUUCUUGAAAUUGGAGAGAGCAGAGAGGGAGAGGAUCCACUUUGUUUUCAAGAUGCACCAAGACUAAGAAUGUUCUGUUAUUGGCAUCUCUGUGUGUUGGACUGGAGUUGAAAACAACACUAAUGCUUGCAUUUCUUAUAACUUGUCUGACUUAAAAUCAAGAAAAAAAACUGCCAGUGGGAGUACUAAGAAGAGCACGUCUGGAUUAUACUUCUACACUGUAGAAUCUACAGGAUCAACAGCUUCUUGUGGUGGCCUCAAGAUUUAUAGGGGUACCAGGAGGUGGGUCGAUUAUAUUGUAACCUCUCGGUUGUUAUUUUUCAACAUAACCUGAAAGCCUGAGGAAGAAAAUCAUGACCAGCUAUAAUCAGCAUGUUAUGGACAGACAGGCUGCCCUGGCCAGUCGCUUAGAUAGUCCGAUCACAACUAAUCUGGACAAUUUACAGGCUAAAAAGAACUUCUCAGUGAGUCACCUGUUGGAUUUAGAAGAGGCUGGGGAAAUGGUGGGAGCUCAGGCGGAAGAGAACUCAGGAGAAGCCGGUAGGAGUUUACUAGAAUCCCCUGGACUCACUAGUGGAAGUGACACUCCACAGCAAGAAAAUGAACAACUGAAUGCAGAACAAAAGAAAAAAAGAAAGCAGAGGAGGAACAGAACUACUUUUAACAGCAGCCAGCUACAAGCUCUGGAGAGGGUAUUUGAAAGGACACAUUACCCAGAUGCUUUUGUACGUGAAGAUCUUGCACGCAGAGUUAAUCUAACUGAAGCACGAGUCCAGGUUUGGUUCCAGAACAGAAGAGCCAAGUUUCGUAGGAAUGAAAGAGCCAUGUUGGCAAACAAAAAUGCUUCGCUUCUGAAAUCAUAUGCAGGAGAUGUGACAGCAGUGGAACAACCUAUAGUACCCCGUCCAGCGCCACGCCCAAAUGAGUAUUUAUCUUGGGGAACAGCAUCCCCAUAUAGUACCAUGGCUACUUAUUCUUCUACUUGUGCCAAUGCCAACUCUGCCCAGGGGAUGAACAUGGCCAACAGCAUCGCCAAUCUGAGACUGAAAGCAAAGGAAUACAGUUUACAGAGGAACCAAGUUCCGACCGUCAAAUAAAAAGGCUGGCAAUACAAAUGGUGUUGAUAUAAGAAUGUAAUUGCCAAAUUAUGCCUUAAAAGAUACAUAACAAAACAUUGAAAUUUCAGUGUGCCAUAACACAUAGAAGCAGGGUAUAAACUGUUUGGAAAUAUAAUUUUGGAAAAUGCCACUGGAUUUUUUCAGUUUUGUUAUUCUUUAAUGCUUUGCUUAUACUGAAAAGUGCAUUCUGUUUAAUACAUCUCCUUGUGUCUUUUUACAUGGACUGGUCAAUUUUUUGUUUGGCCACUACAAUAAUACGAAAACAUUCUGAUAUAGGGUUUCCAGGAGUGUCACAAUUUCCACCUCUCUCAAAUGGAUAUGAAAAAAAUCACAUUUAUAUUUUUGA